AGUCGGUGCUCCCGCCCGCCCGGCGCGGGCUCGGUGCUGGGGAGGACGCGCCCACCGCCCGCCCGUUCCCCGCGCGGCGGCCGGCGCGCUCGUUUCUGGGCGGAAGCGGGCCGAGGACCGAGGAAUUAGGCGGCCGGCGCGGGAAGGGGGCGGGGGCUGAGCGCGCGGGGACGAUAAUCGGAUCGCGGCGGCGGCUGCCGCCCGAGGAGGGGCUCGGAGGAGGCGCGAGGCCCGGCCCGCCGCGCCCGGAACCGGGGGAGAGGCCGGCGGCGGCAUGAGGCGGGCCGCGCGGCGUCCGUGAGCGCGCGGCGGGCCGAGCCAGGGCCGAGGCCGGGCGCCCCUCCCCGCCGCCGCCGGGCCGUGAUUUGCGGGCCCGCUGCGCCCCCCGCCCACCCCGCGCCCCCGCCGCCGUUCGCCGCUUCCCCUCGUCGGAGCGGCCGCCCGCCCGUCCGAGGCCGCGGCGGGGGGGGGCGCGGCCUGCCGGCGUCUUCGCGGCGACCAAGGACGACCGGGAAGGGGAGCGGCCGGGAUGGCGCGUCCGCGGCCCCGCGAGUACAAGGCGGGCGACCUGGUGUUCGCCAAGAUGAAGGGCUACCCGCACUGGCCGGCCCGGAUCGAUGAACUCCCGGAGGGAGCCGUGAAGCCUCCUGCAAACAAGUACCCUAUCUUCUUUUUCGGCACCCACGAAACCGCAUUUCUCGGUCCCAAAGACCUUUUCCCGUAUAAGGAAUACAAAGACAAGUUUGGGAAGUCCAACAAACGGAAAGGAUUUAAUGAAGGACUGUGGGAAAUAGAAAAUAACCCAGGAGUAAAGUUCACUGGGUACCAGGCCAUUCAGCAGCAGAGCUCCUCGGAAACGGAGGGGGAAGGCGGCAACACAGCGGACGCGAGCAGCGAGGAGGAGGGCGGCCGCAUGGAGGAGGACGGGAAGGGCAAGAGGAAGAACGAGAAAGCCGGCUCCAAGCGGAAAAAGUCCUACCCGUCAAAGAAAUCCUCUAAACAGUCCCGGAAAUCUCCAGGAGAUGAAGAUGACAAGGACUGCAAAGAAGAGGAAAACAAAAGUGGCUCGGAGGGUGGGGACGCCGGCAGCGACACAAGGAACACAAGUUCAGACUCGCAAAAAACGAGCGAAGGGACCUAACCACCGUCCUGGGCGCUGCGUAUUGAGAGAAACCGCAGAAAGGUGGUGCGUUUGCUUGUCUACUACUCUUGGAUUUCAUCUGAACCAACACGGCCCCCGUCGUCCCGACAGAACCCCCGUGUGCGUGCCCGUCACUCACAGUCCUCUCUGUCUGUGUUUAGAGAAAGGGAAGAAAAAGACAUUUUAGCCUUUUUUAAGGUUGUUGAUUUAAUUUUAUGUUAUUUGGUUGCAUGAAGUUGCCCUUAACCACUAAGGAUUAUCAAGAUUUUUGCACAAACUUAAACAUGUCUAGGAUCCUUUUACCAAGGCAGUUUACCUUCUUAAUUCUCCUGCCUUUACUCCGCCAUCACCAAGCACUCAGACAAAAUAAAAUUUUGCAUUUAAAACAGUGACCACUCAACAUGAGGUACAUUUCCUCUCUGCAGCAGAACCCGGGAGCCGGUUCCUAGACAGGUGAUGUUGGCAUAUUGAAGAUGGAAUCAAAAUUACUCUUCAUUUUUGAGGCCAUGUGUAAAGUCUAAUCACACUGUAAAAUAUCUAUUCCGUAUUAGAAAUAGCCCAUUGACAGCUUACACUUCUCAGAGCUCAUGUCCCUAGGCACACAAAUCAGUUUCUCCAUGCGAAGUCAGUGAGCCCUUUCGUGUUCCUCCAGCGUAAAGGCGACACUCUGCUCGGCCCCACUGCCCACGCGUCGCUCGCGGCGGGGCCCUGGCCUUGAAGCCGGAGCUCAGCAGCGGCCCUGUGGGAAACCCGACGGAGCAUCGGCCUUCAGACGGGCUUUUCCAACGGCCUUGUUUCCUUUCGGGAUUAGCGUUAGAAUAGUUACUCUCCAUCCACGAACCGUUAUUAUGUGUACAUUAUUGUUGCUAUUGUGACAAUAGAGAAUUUUAUUUAUUUUUAUGCUUAUAUUGUGAGAACACAUCUAGUCAGUUUGGGUUUUCUCCUCAACCCUGUUAUGCUUGUCCUUGGAACAUAUUUCGCGUACUCGAGGUUUGUAGUUGAAAAGUUUACUGUAAAAAAAAAAUCAAAAACAAAAAAAAUGUAUUGUUUUUACAGAAUAAAUCUAUUGGAAUGUGUACCGGGAGUAAGAUUUGAGGUUGUAAACAGCUAAGUUAGUGUAAUUUGGCUUCAUAUAUGUAAUGUGAGGUAUUAAUGUAAUUCAUAUAUUAAAGCAAAAUUUGUUAACAGCAAGUUAACAAUAGA